UUCAUUCGUCUCACAACAAGGAAAUUCAUAGAGUUACAGCAGCAAACAGGAAGGUGAACAGUACAAGAGUUUCAACAAGAAUAUAUAUAGAAAUGAAAUGUUCAUCAAAGAAGACAGCUUGGCCAUAAUUCUCCUGUCAGCCACCACCUCCACAUUCCACAAACUGUGGGAGUGAAGUGGAUUGAGAGAUUGUGUGGAUUGAGUACAACUGUUGUGAUAUAGUAUUUGGAUUCAAUCAUUAGCAUAGCUCUAGCCACAGGAAGGCACCUGAGGAUGCUUGAUGGAGUUCCCACCUGUCUGAACCUCUCGUAGACAAAAGUCAGCCAUGGCUAUAUCUGCAGUCAGGAAGUGGUGGGUCACCCACCAGUUAGAAAAAUCCGACAGCAACGACCCAAACACUGAGGAAGAUGAAGAGGAAGAAAAGAGGAGAAGGCAGUUAUCUAUAAACCUCAACCAGGCUCUGCGGACCACACAGCUGCUCAUAGAUUUUGAUGGUUGCCGACCUAUUCUGCGUCUCACGGCACCGCCGGACCUGAUUAACUUCCCAUCAGUCUUUCAUCCCCGCUGGCCCAUAGAGUGUGAGGUCAUCAGCGACAUUAUCCAUCACAUUGAGUGGGACCCCCCAGAGCCAGAGCCUUUCUAUCAGCCCACAGGGUACGAGAGGGCACCGAUGCAUGCAGGAGAGGAGAGAGGGAAAGUGGUUUACUUCACUGACCAUGCCACUAAGCGCCCCUACUUCACCUGCUCCCGUGUCUGUGGAAACAAGGGGCCCAUCAAGACUGCCAUUUUUCAUGACAUCAGUCAGUCAGACUUCACCCUGGAGUUUGAGUCACGCUUUGAGAGUGGGAAUCUCCAGAAGGCUGUGCAGGUUGGUAUCUAUGACUAUGAGCUCACCCUGCGCACAGACAUGUACACCAGGAAGCACACGCAGUGGUUUUACUUCAGGGUGAGGAACAUGAAGGCAGGAGUGACAUACCGCUUCACCAUCAUCAACCUGAUGAAGAGCAGUAGCCUUUACUCUCAGGGUAUGAGACCACUUCUCUACUCUGAGGCGGCUGCGAAGGACAAAGGUGUUGGAUGGCAACGCGCUGGCUCCAACAUCAGAUACUACAGAAACUUUGGUCAGAACACAAAGGACAUCAACAGCGACACCGUUCCCUUGUACUCACUCACCUGGACCCUCCAGUUUCCCCAUGGCUCAGACACCUGCUACUUGGCUCACUGCUACCCCUACACCUACUCUCGGCUGCAGCGCUACCUACGAAGCAUCUCUUCCAACCCGGCAGUGACAUCAUACUGUAAACUGCGAGUGCUGUGCAACAGCCUGGCUGGGAACCCCGUGUAUGUGAUGACAAUAACAUCUCACAGCGUCAGCAGGGUGGAGAGUGGGAACAGGAAGGCAGUGGUAGUGACAGCCCGAGUGCAUCCCGGGGAAACCAACGGGUCCUGGAUGAUGGAGGGAUUCCUUGACUUCCUGCUUGGAGACUCAGAGGACGCUAAGCUGCUGAGGGACACUUUUGUUUUUAAGGUGGUGCCGAUGCUGAACCCAGACGGCGUGGUGGUGGGGAACUACCGCUGCUCUCUGGCAGGAAGGGACCUCAACAGAAAGUACAAGACAGUGCUCAGAGACUCUUUUCCCUCAGUGUGGCACACACGGAACAUGGUGGAAAGGUUAAUGGCUGAAAGAGACGUCAUUCUGUACUGUGACUUUCAUGGUCACAACCGUAAAAACAAUGUCUUCAUGUAUGGCUGUAACAGCAGAAGUGAUGCUGCUCCGAAGCUCCAUGAGAGAGUCUUUCCACUAAUGAUGAGCAAGAAUGCCAGUAAUAAGUUCUCCUUUAAGAGCUGUAAGUUCCGGGUGCAGAAGAAUAAAGAAGGAACUGGAAGAAUCGCCAUGUGGAAACUUGGCAUUAAAAACAGCAUCACCAUGGAGGCUACGUUUGGAGGCUCCACCCUCGGGGACAGGAGAGGAACACAUUUUACCUCUAGAGACCUGAAGUCCCUCGGCUUUCACUUCUGUGACACCCUGUUGGACUACUGCGACCCUGAUCCAGCAAAGGUCAGUAACUGUCUGACAGAGCUUGGAGUUCUGAUGGGAAAGAAGGUCAGAGAGAGGCUGGGCAGGGAUUUUGGCUCUGACUGUAACAUUUCUGUGUCUGACCUGGAAACCAGCACCAGUGGUUCAAAUAGUUCUGAAUCUGAUGGACCCCCAGUUCAUUUACUGAACCAGCCCCAAUCUGCCAACAAAGAGUCAAAUCCUGGGAGGAAGAAGAAGAAACGCCUGAAAAGUCAUAAAGAGAGGAACAAGCGGCGAGCAGAGAGGGGGAACAAUAACACACAGCCAAAAGUCCUGCAAGGCAAUAUCACAAAAAUGCAAACUCCAGAGAAGAUGAAUAAACACCUGGGGAGUCACAAAGAGAGGAACAGGCAGCCACCAGAGAGAGAAAACAGCAACACACAGCCAAACGUCCAGCAAUGCAACAUCACCAAUACUGAGUCUGAGAUGCCUCGGGAGAACUCAGUUGAAGAAAACUCUCAGGAGCAGUCUAUUGGAAAAUUCAGAAAAAAAUGGCUGGGAAAUGGCCUGAUUAUACAGCCCAUCAUCUCUCCUGCCACCACUAAGGAGCUCACUCCAGUGACCCUAUGGCACGGCUCUGCGCCUGUCAAGGACAAUUCUCUGGACAACAUGAGAGCUUCAUACCUGUAUUGCAAAGCAAAACCAAGUAUACGUCAUGGCACAUACACACCUCACUCAGAUGGACCAGUGAGAGGGGGGACACGUCAAUGGAGGUGCUCUACUCAGCUACUGCACCUCAGUCCUCAUCUUCCAGCUUCACCACAUUUCAUACAAUCCAACCAGCAACAGCAUCAGAGCGGUCAACCGUCCUUAGUCUCCCGUAAAGCCCACAGAGGGCUGCAACCUCCUCUACCCCAAAGAUCUCCUCCUCUUUACAUCCAGAAGAUUCCUGACAUUAAAUUGCAUUCAAGUUUGACCACUGACAAGUCAAGCAGCUGGCCCCUUUUUAGAGAGAAAAACUCUGAACCAUACUUUCUGUUAGAGGAUUCCUCAAAUGAAGAUGUAACAGAGACCGAAGAGCGGGAAGAAGGUUUUUCAAAGGGUGCCAUCUGCAUCACUGAUUCAUGAAAUUAAAAGGAUUUCUUGUCGUAAAA